GCGUCACGUGACAAGGGAGCUACCGAUUGACGUGACCAGGCGUGAUAAACAGUGUCCGGGUUCUUCGGACGUCUGGUAAUGUAGGCACGCAGGGCAGCAGAGCGACCGGUUACUGCCAGUCAUCCGAUGGCGCGGGAUUCCUGGCUGGCUCUCGCAUGUGAAGGUUUGUUCUGUUCCGUUCGGGAAGGGCAACUCCUUUCGGCUGCACCGCUUCUUCUCCAGCUGCGCCUCGUCAUCGUUAUCAUCGUCCCACCGCGAGCAGGCCGCGACUGCUGCUGAUGGUGAAUAUGCCGUUGCAGAGUCAGCAUAUGAGGCAGCGGAUUCGGGGCGGGGCGGGGCUGCUAUAAGUACUGCAGUCUUGGCCGAUCGAGUUGUUUAAGGAUAUCGUGGAGGAAUUCUGGAGGUCGUCGAUUUCGGAGGAAAUUGAAAUUUGGUGGAGGGUUACCUGAACCAGGUUGUUCUUUGUUGCUCGAGUUGUCAGAUUAUCGAUUUCGGGCGAUUGGGGUCGAGUGAGUGAGGAAGCGAUGGCUGCACGAAAUCUUGGAGUCUGUGUGGAUCAUUCGCCGGGCAGCUUUUACGCCCUAAACUGGACGAUGGAGAAUUUUGCCAAAGAUGGGGACAAUGUUUACAUAAUCGUUGUGAAUAAGAAGAACGCUCUGGACGAGACUAAGCUUAGCUUGUGGGGAGAAUCUGGGUCUCCCCCAAUCCCUUUCGAUGAAUUCAAGGAUCCGAAUGUGAUCAAGAACUACGGAGUGAGUCCGAGCACCGAGAUUAACGGCAUUGUGUCUGAUAGCAUUAAGAAGAAGAAGGUUAAGGUGUUCAUGAAGGUCUACUUUGGAGACGCACGGGAGAAAAUUACCAAAGCAUUGGCGGAGAUUCCUGUACAUGCAGCUUUUAUGGGAAGCAGAGGACUCAGCAGACUAGAGAAAGUGCUCAUGGGCAGCGUGACGAAUCACGUCGUAAAUCACGCUGGUUGUCCGGUGACAGUUAUCAAGUUACCUGGAGAAAGUCAUCAUUAGAUUGCCGAAUGCCCCGACCUCGGACUUGUAUUCCGUGCAGUUUGAAACACACUUGGGACAUUGCAAGAAGUCUCGAGAAAGAAACUCAGAUGCCACCCUAAGCUGCGUGCAGAACCUCUUAUCUGUUUGAGGAAGUUUUCCUAUCUCGCUAGCACGUAAGGAUGAACAUCCUCAUUCUGUUACUAGAUAUCAGACUCUCAGAGCUACUCAUGCAGGGGUAUAGAAUCAUUGUAGGUCCAAUGAUAGAUCGAUCAACUUUAAUAGUUGCACCGAGCAUCUUCUGUAAAGUACGAUGUAACCUUUAUACUACCCUCACGGUGUACAGAAUAGAUUUGAAACCGUCUUUAUUCCGCACAGAGCAUGUCGCAUGUUGAUUCCUCCUCACAGACUGUAAUAUUGUAACUCAGAUUCUCAAAUUUCAUAGAAACUUGCAAUCGAUUCGCUGGUAAUCGCUGGUAACCUCUUCUUCAUGAGGUACAUGACAGUAGUCAGGUAGUAGGUGAUCACGUUGCAAUUGUUGCAGAAGUGAGCACACUCAUCCCGCCCACCUGGC